UUAGUUAAGGCACAAUUUGAAGUGAGCUUUUCUUCCCGGGACACGACGAUAGUGUGUCUUAGCAAGUGUUGUUACAUAAAGCCUACCCUUUCCCUCACUCACUCACCCACUCACCUCACCACUUCUAUUCCAUUCUCACUCAAUGGACCCUCCCACAUCCUACAUUUCCUCCGAUGAGCUCCGCAAGCACAACACGCGCCACGACGCCUGGAUCUCCAUCCACGGCAAGGUCUACGACGUCUCCUCCUGGCUCCACCGCCACCCCGGCGGCCCCCUCCCCCUCCUCAGCCUCGCCGGCACCGACGCCACUGACGCCUUCCUCGCCUUGCACCCCCCGAACUCCGCCUCCCUCCUCCUCCCCGCCUUCGCCACCCCCCACCUCCUCUCGGACCACUCCGUCUCCCCCGCCUCCUCCGACUACCGCAAGCUCUUCUCCGACCUCUCCUCUCUCAACCUCUUCAACCGCAAGGGCCACACCACUUCCAUCCUCCUCUCCCUUAUACUCGUCCUUUUCCCUCUCUCCCUCUGUGGAGUCCUGCUCUCUGACAGCACGUGCGUGCACGUGCUGUCCGGAGCAUUAGUAGGCUUCCUCUGGAUUCAGAGCGGCUGGAUAGGCCACGACUCCGGCCAUUACAAUGUCAUGCUCAACCCCCGCCUCAACAGAGCAAUCCAGAUUCUCUCCGGCAAUGUCCUCUCCGGAAUCAGCAUCGGCUGGUGGAAGUGGAACCACAACGCCCACCACAUUGCAUGCAACAGCCUCGACUUCGACCCCGAUCUCCAGCAUUUGCCCUUCUUCGUCGUCUCCUCUAGCUUUUUCAACUCCCUCACUUCCAGAUUCUAUGAAAGAAAGAUGAAUUUCGAUUCCUUCUCUAGGUUUUUGGUUAGUUAUCAGCACUGGACUUUUUACCCCGUGAUGUGUUUCGCUAGGAUUAACUUGUUUGCACAGUCUUUUUUCUUGUUAUUGUCUAAGAGGAAGGUGGAGAACAGAUGGAGUGAGCUUUUGGGGCUGCUUGCGUUCUGGGUUUGGUACCCUUUGUUGGUUUCCUUCUUGCCCAAUUGGUGGGAGAGGGUUUUGUUUGUUUUUGUGAGCUUUUCUGUUACGGGUAUUCAGCAUGUGCAGUUCUGUUUGAACCAUUUCUCCUCGGAGGUGUACCUAGGGCCACCGAGCGGCGGCGAUUGGUUCGAGAAGCAGACCAAAGGGACUCUUGGUGUGGACUGCUCUCCUUGGAUGGACUGGUUUCACGGCGGCUUGCAGUUUCAGGUGGAGCACCAUCUGUUUCCCCGGCUGCCACGGUGCCAUUUGAGGAAGAUUGCGCCAUUGGUUAAGGAUCUUUGCAAGAAGCAUAAUCUUCCUUAUAAUUGUGUGUCGUUCUGGAAGGCCAAUGUGCUGACGAUUCAGACUCUGAGGAAUGCUGCUUUGCAGGCAAGAGAUGGUUCCAAGCCGGUUCCCAAGAACUUGGUUUGGGAGGCUGUUAACACUCAUGGAUGAAGGGGAUUUGAGUGGAGCUUCCUGUGGUUUUGCUGUCAUUGAUGGUUUGAUGGAGGUGCAUUGGUAGGUAGGGAUGAAAGUUAUAUAUAGUUGCAUAGGUGCUCUUGGUGUUGUUCUCCUAUCAGAAUUGGAGUUUUUCUAUCAUUAUUAUGUGGAUUACCAACAUAAAACUUCAAAUCUGAUUGGAGGAAAAAACCAAACGCAUCCAAGAAACUGCAUAUAAGUUUUGUCCCGUAGGUGUCCUUGGUUUUGAAGAGAGAAUAAUUGAUUUGCAACGGUUACUCAUUGUCUUGGCAGGGGAUUGGCUAAUCUCCUUUUGGAAAUGGGUAAGAAAGAAACUACUGACACUUGUCAUAUGUGGUUUAGUAAUGCUCAGCACUUCAUGCUUGAGAAUGUAAGAACGGUUUAUCCUGCUUUGGCCUUUGGCAGUUUCAUUAUGAGCCCAAGGGUCUCUAUAUUAUUAUAUAACCAUUUGUAUUAUGUCUUUGAAUACAUUGUCAUUUGGAGCAAGAAAUGUACCUUACGUUAAUUUCAAAUUCUCUAGAUGAAUGUCAUUUCCUGCUUCUUGUUUAGUUCUCCAAUCAGUUUAGUAUAACUCUUUGUUGUUGUACAACUAGAUGGUAGCAAAUUGUAGCUUCUAUUAUGAAAUAAAGUUUGUUAUUUAUAAAAA